AUGGUCUACACUAUCGUCGUGCACAUGCGUGCAAAAUCCUCCGACCCAACAGUGGUUCAAAAGCUCAAAGACAAGCUCAUCGAAGCAUCCCAGGUGUAUUCGAAGGACAAGGAGACCAUCUCUUGGUUUGUCAUGCAGUCUGUCCACGACGAACGAGACUUUACCAUUGUUGAACGAUAUGAGAAAGAGAGCAGCCAGAAAUACCACUUGGAAAAUCCGUACUGGAAAACCUUUGAUCCCUAUGUCAAGCCGCUGCUAGAGGGCGAGAUGGACUUGAGGAGAUUUGAAGAGCUGGAUACUAGCAAGGACGUUGUCAUUGCCUGA